AUGAAGAGCACUGGCUGCUCUUCCAGAGGAAGAGCAUCCUACCAUCUUACCAUUCUACUGUCCUACUGUCCUACUGUCCUACCGUCCUACCGUCCUACCGUCCUACUGUCCUACCAUCUUACCAUUCUACUGUCCUACUGUCCACUGUCCCACCAUCCCACCAUCCCACCGUCCCACCGUCCUACCAUCCACCGUCCCCACCGUCCCCACCGUCCCACCAUCCCACCGUCCCUACUGUCCCACUGUCCCACUGUCCCACUGUCCUACCAUCCCACCGUCUUACUGUCCCACUGUCCCACCAUCCCUACCAUCCCACUGUCCCACCAGGUCCCCACCGGGUCCCACUGUCCCACCGUCCCACCGUCCUGCUGUCCCACUGUCCCACCAUCCCACUGUCCCACCAUCCCACCAUCCCACCGUCCCACUGUCCCUGCACCGUCCCACUGUCUUGCACCGUCUUACCGUCCCCACCAUCCCACUGUUCCACCAUCCCACUGUCCACCGUCCCACUGUCCCACCAUCCCACCAUCCCACCGCCCCCUGUCCCACUGUCCAGUGUCCCACCAUCCCACCAUCCCACUGUCCCACUGUCCCACCGUCCACUGUCUUGCCGCUCUUCACCGUCCUACUAUCCCACUGUUCUACCAUCCCACUGUCCCACUGUCCCAGUGUCCCACCAUCCCACCAUCCCACCGUCCCACUGUCCUACUGUCCCAGUGUCCCACCAUCCCCACCAUCCCACUGUUCACUGUCCCACCGGGUCCCCACUGUCUUACCAUCCCAUCUUACUACUCCUACUGUUCUUCACCGGCCCCACCGUCCACUAUCCUACUGUUCUACCGUCCCACCGUCCCUACUAUCCUACUGUCCUACCAUCCUACCAUCCUACCGUCCUACUGUCCUACUGUCCUAGUGUCCUACCGUCCUACCAUCCUACCAUCCUACUGUCCUACCAUCCUACCAUCCACAUGGUGCAAUGUUAGAUGGGAAAUAGACAGCUUCUAUUAA